AUGUCCUGUUCCUUACACUCAUCCUAUCCCAUUCCAGCAUCCGAUAAUACCAGUCAUUGCUGUUGUCCCCAUUACGAAAAUUAUGACUGGUUUGGUGCGGGUGAUGCUGCUACUGCUACUACUACUACUACUACUACUACUACCUCUGAUGAUGAUGAUAAUGGUGGUGGUGGUGGUAAUGGUAGUGAUGAUGAUAGUGAUGGUGGUAUUGGUGGUACUACCUAUUACUACUACCACUAUUACUGCUAUAAAUGUUGUUAUGCUGUUUCUUGCUCAAGUAUUCCAGAUUUUAGGAAUGAGAAAAGAAAAUCGGCUUAG